AUGUCAUGGGAAGCUUGGGGGUCAACUUUGAACCAAGAUGACAAUGAGUUAGUCAUGCUCAUACUAAGUACGUUAGAGUCACUUUAUUUUGUGCGUGUGACAGCAGAGCAAACUUCGCUUGUAUUCCCCGGAAUAAUAUCUAAUUUGGUGAACUUUUGCACGACAUCCAAGAAUAUACAUACAUCCACUACCAUCAAGGUCUUGAAUGUAUUGAAAACCUUCAUUGUCAAAGUAUUUAAUGAUGGUGAUCUUCAUCCGGUAAUAUCUGAUGAAACUGCAGUGGCGGAAAGCUUGCAAAGUCUUAAGGAUUUGUAUGAAAAUCAACACGAUGACUCUCAAGUGGCACUCAUUCCCGUUAAAAUAAGUUUGCCGGAACAAUUUACGAAACCGCACAGAACAGAAAAAUGGAUUCAGACUACAUCCAAAAAGCUCAACAUUUCUAUGAUUGCACUCUUUAGAAGCUUAUUCUUUCUGUCUUCUUCAAGAAUAAAAAUAUCAACAAAGCCUCAAUUGCGAGAUGCUAUUUUGGAAUUUGUGGAAGAAAUAAUGAGCAAGUGUUUCAAAUCGACUUUCAACGAACUAGAGAAGUCUUCACUUGACAUUCUAUCAGCACUUAUCUAUGUCUGCACUAUGGAGAGUGCAGAUUCAGAUGCAGACAUUGAUGAAUUAAUAAUAAAAUCAGGAAGAAUUUAUGAGAGGCUAAGCUACUCGAACUUCAAUUUUUUUUUACGGCAAUUGCAGACUAAAACGGAGAACCUUAUUUCCCAAUUUGCUUCCGUUUUAAAUUCCACCAACGAUGAAAAAAUUAAUAUUUGCAUCGUGGCAAUCAGAUUGCACUUCUAUGUUCUAAGUCUGACAAUAUCGCUUUUAAACAAAGACACGGAAUCAAUAACUAUUCUUCAACAAAAGGUGAUAGAAAUUGUGACCAAUUCUAUCAUUCAGAACUUAUCAUCUUCCCGAAAAAAUCCAAUACAAACAGGUAAAGACAUUCGCAAGUUGAUUUCCGGAGAAAAUAGUUCGGCAGAACAAAGGAAUGUUUUGGAUAACAUUGAGCUCCCUCCUCAUAUUGAUGCCAAAAACUUAACUAAAAUUAAUACACGAGCACUUACUCCUGUUCAAGGACCAAAUUUACGGAAAUUGAACAUGGAGUACGAUGCCGCAGAAUUUCAAGAGAGAAUGACCUGGUUUGGAAACAUAAUGACAACAUCCUCAGAGAAUCACAUAAAGAAUCUUUUGAAAAGUAUUGCUAAUUCCAACCCGAAAACAGUCGACAGCGUCCAAUCUAUUCUCUUAAAUGACUUACAAGGAUUGGAAAUUACUCAGGAUAUGCUCAUGAGACAAAGCAUUCACUUGUGGGUCUCUAACAGAUUGUAUCAGAAUAUGGACACAGAAAAUAAGGACGGAUUUGAUGUUAAUAGCUUUCUUCAAUUCGAAUUAACCACCAAGGAUGCUUCUUGCACUUCUGAUGAACUACCAUACUUACUUCUAGAAAAAGCAGAGAAUUUGUUAGUGGAUGCGAAGAACCAAGCAAUCGAAGAUAUCUCCCAUGUUGGUAUAAACGGCUAUCACUCGCGUGAUUUAGCAUAUGCCUCCGCUCUUGAGACUAUCGGCAUACUUACAUCGCAUUUGAGCAAAGAUGAUUUCCAAACUGAUGUUCUCAUGGAUUGGCUUUUUCCCAUAUUAGAGGCCUUAACCUUUCCAAACCUGAGUGCAGCUCAUAUCCAAGCGAAAAUUUGUCUUGAUCAAAUUGUUCAACGGUUCUACGGCGGUUCAUUGGAAACACUCAUUUCAGAAAACUCGGAUUAUCUUAUCGAUUCCUUGAGUAUGAGUCUUUCUGUCGCCAGUGGGCUUACACGAUCGCUUCCGGGAAUCUUGUUGCUAGUGCUAAAAGUUUCAGGCAGAGACCUAUUGGAGAGAAACCAAUUGCAGGAUAUUUUAAGCGAAAUGUUUAUUGUCAUCGAUUCAUUCCACGGCUAUUCAACACUUGUGGAGAAUUUUUUUAUUGUCUUUGAAGAAGUUAUCCGGAAAAUCAAGAGCAUGUAUUUUACAGACAUCUCAAAAAGUCUUGAACAAAAGAUAGAAUCUACUUAUAAGCCAUGGGGCCUUACUGAUAGAGAUUCCAUGCUCCAACUAAUCGAUGACAUUCAUCGAAAAGUAGACCCAUUUAGUGAUUAUGAUCCAAACAAAGAGUACUUCAAACGGAAACCUGGAAUACCGUUCGGGGAACAGGAUGAUUCUGGCGAGGAGAAGGAUUCCGAUGAUGAGGAUUCUGAUGAUGAAGAUGCAACAUCUCCGGAAGGAGAGGCAGACUCAGAGGUAUGGACGUCACCAAUUCCGAAGGGGGUUUAUUCUUCCUUGCAGCAAAUAUUCACAUACGGACUUCAACUACUCUCACAUCCUUCUACGAAAUUGAAAGUACAGGUUUUGAAAACUCUCAAAGAAGGAUAUCCAUUAAUGGCCUCCAAUUAUAAGGCAUUGAUGCCCCUUUUGGCUCAGUACUGGCCAUUGAUUUUGCUGAUCUUAGCUGGAACUACGACCAUAUCAGCUCAUGAUAUAUCAGGCGAGUUACACCAGCUGCAACAACUUAUGGAACCAGCUCUUGAAUUAGCCAUUGAAGUUUUUGAAGAAGAUUACAGGCAUGAGCUUUUUAUGAGCAAAAGGUUUAAUGAAAUGUGGAACUACUUGAAAAGCAAAAGCCCACUAUUCCGAAUCGGAACCAAGCUGAACAAACAACACUUGGAGGUUUCUCAGUCGAAAGUAUCUCCAAUAGUAACGCAAUUGAACGUGAAGAUGCUUAUAACGGGGUUGAAUGUUUAUGGGAGGAUGGUUCCUGAUUUGGUAGCUUAUGAUAUAGUCAGUGCUUGCUUGCGUUUGGGCAUAGAUAGCAAGCUACCUCUAGCACGAGACGUACAAAACUUACUCUGGGUGAUCAAAAAUCAAAGUUGA